CAACGAAUUCCAUAGGAUUGGAUAUUUAGGAAUUUUUCACUCUUCAGUGCCACUUAAAAAUACAUUAAGAUCACCGAGGACUGUAUAUUUAUCAGAAUUUCCAGAAGGAAUAGAUCCUCUUUUAAGGGGUUUAGUUCGUCAGUCUGCCAAUACAAUUGAUCACAAUUUUGCUGAAGAUAUAAAUGAACACUUAUUUCAACAUGAGAGCAAAGGAUACGGUAUGGACCUUCUAGCAUUAAACAUACACCGAGGAAGAGAUCAUGGAAUACCUGCUUAUAAUGAAUUUCGUGAUAUUUGUGGUUUAAAGAGAUUUAUCAAUUGGGAUGACAUGAAAGAGGCUAUGCCUUCAGAUGUGGUUGAAAGAAUGAGAGCCCUAUAUAAUGAUGUUGAUGAUGUAGAUUUAUUCCCCGGUGGCAUCUCCGAAUAUCAUGCGGAAGACGCUGAAAUAGGCCCGACAUUUGCUUGCCUUUUAGGGGAUCAAUUUUUCAGACUACGAUUUGGAGAUAGAUUCUGGUAUGAAAAUGCUAAUCGUAGUGAUGUAAUCGAACACGCUUUCCUUCCUGAUCAAUUACAAGAAUUAAGGAAAGUAUCAUUGGCGAAAGUUUUAUGUCAAAAUUCAGAUAGCAUAACUAUAAUUCAACAGAACGUCUUCAGAAAACCUAGCUUCAAUAACCCAUUAUUAACGUGUAAAGACUUGCCUGACAUUGAUUUAGCAGCUUGGAGGGAAAAAACUAAUUCAAGGGAAAAAAUAGGACUGACAGAAAAAGAAUCAUUAAUACUGAAGAAUAUCAUUUAAUUUUGAAUUUAUAUUAAAAAAACUUAAUCAAUAAUAAUGCAAUUUUUUAUUACAU